AUGGCGACUAACCAGUGCAAUUGCCAGUUGUGUUUAAGAAGCGAUAAUGAGCGCAUUGAAAAAUAAACUUGUAACGAGAUUGAUUCUUGUUUGUUUGCUGGUCAGCUUGGACUCCUGUUGGGCAAAACACUCAAACCGCACCUUCACUAUAGACCAUGAAGCUAAUACUUUUUUAAUGGAUGGCAAACCGUUUCGUUAUGUCUCAGGGUCGUUUCACUAUUUUCGCGCUUUGCCACAGGUAUGGGAAGAACGCUUAAAAACAAUGCAGGCGGCAGGCUUAAAUGCCAUAGAUACCUAUAUUGAAUGGUCACUGCAUAAUCCCCGUGACGGAGUCUACAAUUGGGAAGGCAUUGCAGAUAUCGAGCGCUUUUUAGAGUUAGCACAGAACGCUGGUUUCUAUGUCAUUCUACGACCAGGACCUUAUAUCUGCGCGGAACGUGAUAAUGGCGGCUUACCGCACUGGCUUUUUACAAAGUACCCUGGAAUAAAGAUGCGUACCAGUGACCCUAACUACCAGUUAGAGGUAAGCAAAUGGUAUGCCCAACUUAUGCCUCGGAUGCAAAAGUUCUUCUAUGGCAAUGGUGGCCCGAUCAUAACGGUGCAGGUAGAAAAUGAAUACGGCGCCUUUUAUGCUUGCGAUACCAAACAUUUGAUUUGGCUGAGAGAUCAGACGGAGAAAUAUGUCAAAGGCAAAGCUGUGCUCUUCACAACUGACCAACCCAAUGACGGUUUAAAGUGUGGAAAGAUUGAAGGAGUAUACGCGACCAUCGACUUCGGAAUAGGUUCAAACUUUGAUGACCAAUGGAAAGCAAUGCGUAGUGUCCAACCUACCGGACCAUUAGUAAACUCAGAGUUCUAUCCCGGUUGGUUAACCCACUGGGAAGAGGAAAACCAACGCCGAAAUGCCAAUGAGGUCGCGAAUUCAUUGAGGCUAAUGCUAGAAGCAGGCGCUUGCGUUAAUUUUUACAUGUUCUUCGGUGGCACCAACUUCGGCUUUACAGCUGGUGCCAACAACUACAGCAAAGACUUUGCUGCAGAUAUUACCUCCUACGAUUACGAUGCAGUAAUGGAUGAGGCGGGUAAUGUAACCAAAAAAUUCUGGCUCGUACGCAAAGUAAUAGCAGAUUUUCUGGAAGUGCAACCCGAACAAGAUUGCAAUGGCUGCAUAUCUACACAGCGUCGCUCUUAUGGCAUAGUCAAUCUGCGCCCAAUCGGUAGUUUAUUCUCCCAAUUGGGGCGUACAACAUUGGCACAUGGAAAGCCGGUCAGAGCAGAGCACCCGCUUACAUUUGAGAGUCUCGAUCAAUACUCGGGUUUGGUGUUGUAUGAAACUGAAUUACCGCAUUUAAAAAUCGAUCCCACCGUUCUCACAGUCAACGAAUUGCAUGAUCGCGCUUAUGUGUUUGUAAAUGAGGAAUUAGUGGGCACUUUGUCGCGUAGGAACGGUAUUUCGUCAAUGCCAUUAAGUAAAGGUUUAGGCAGUCGCUUGCAGUUAUUGGUAGAGAAUCAAGGACGCAUCAAUUAUGAGACGCUAAAUGAUACAAAAGGUAUUUUGGGCGCGAUAACAGUGGAGCAUUUGAAUGGCGAAAAGCAGGAGCUCAAAGAUUGGGUGACAACAUCUUUCCCAUUGGAGAGUGAACAAAUUACAACAUUAGUAAAUGCAUACAAGCACCAAAUGAUAACCGAAUUAGCGUCAAAGAGCAAUGUUCUACGUAAUGGACCCGUGGUAUAUUACGGCGAAUUCGAAGUGGAAAAACUGGGCGACACUUAUUUAAACCCCCUUGGUUGGGGCAAAGGCGUGGCUUAUAUCAACGGUUUUAAUUUGGGACGCUAUUGGCCAUUAGUCGGCCCUCAGUUGACGCUAUAUCUGCCUAAGGAUUUACUGCGAAUCGGAGGAAAUACAUUGGUUCUUUUGGAAUACCAGAAAGCUAAUUUAAAUAGGGAGAGUGGAGAAUAUCAAGUGACGCUGGACGAUAGGCCGCAAUUGGACGGCUGAGAGUUUUGGAGGUGUAAAAAGUGAUUCGAUGUUAUUUCAAUCGUUGUUGAACAUUCAAAUCCUUUGUCUGUUUAGAAAUUUAUAUUUCAUUAAAGUAACAAAUAAAAAGCUUUAAUAUUUA